AUGGCUCAGGGUGUCUCGGCUAACUACAAGGGCGACGCUUUGAACCCGCGCAACCUCUCGGAUGACAUUCCAGAGUGCAAGAACGUUUCUUUCUUCUUGACCAACCUCCCAGCUGAUGUCACCUACAGCCAGCUCCUGGGUCAAAUUCGUGGCAUGGGACGUGUCUGGGCCACCGUGAUAAACCCUCCUGAUGGUCACGAUCACUUCACUUCGGCUGCCAAGUUGGUGUUCUUCGAGCUUGCUGCUGCUCAGCGCUUCUACGCCCACUGCAGAAACCCGGCCCGCCGUCUUAUUAUCAGCGGCUAUGCGGUCAAGAUUGUCCGCAAUCGAGUUCGAAAGGCCGAGGAAGACGUCGGUGGCUACCACUCUCGUGUUCUGGUCGUCACAGGCGAGCUGUCCUUUGUCAAUAAGGAUACUCUGUUGCGUUACUUCCGCACCAAGCUCGAUUUCGACACCGAGGAGGUCAUCACCCUGGUUCAAGACCCUCAGACUGGAAUGGGCGAGUUGGAAAUCCGAUUCGCCUGCUAUCGCAACCAGGCCGAGUCCGCUCGUCAAGCGCUGAGCAAGGAGUAUCCUCCUGGCGCCACCCUUCCAGACGGCCGGAUGUCUCCAAUCUGGGAGCUCAGAUACGGCGUCGACCCUUGCUCAAUCUGA